AUGGCAAUGACACCAAACUGGUGUUCGGUUAUUCCGCAAAGAUGGGUGUACGUGUCGUUGGCCUUUGUAGCUCUGGUGAUCGGCAACGCCACGCGCUCGGUUCUUCCCAUAACGAUCACGGAAAUGGUCGUACCGAUAAGAGAAGCCAGUGACAACCAUACGCGCGACAAGUGCUUUCGACCUGAGAGCCACGUCCUGGACAGAGUGCCCGCUUCGACGGAUUCGCUUUACGACUGGACCGAGUACACCCAGGGUGUGAUUUUGUCCUCGAUUUUCUGGGUGUACGGGCCCAUGCAAAUAGUCUACGGUCCCCUGAUCGAGCGCUUCGGGGCCAAGUACUUCAUGGCCCAGGCCGUGUUUGUCCCUUCGCUGAUGACUUUUCUCACGCCGUGGAUCAUAGACCAAGGAGGGACGACGGCCCUGAUAAUCGCUCGUUUCGUCAUGGGCGCGUCGAGCAGUGCCCUUUUCCCGGCCGUGUCGUCGAUGACGCCCCAUUGGACCACACCGCAGGACCGCUCAAGGAUCGGUUCCUUCAUAUGCGCGGGCUUCAACCUCGGACCGGUCUUUGGCACCGUCGGACCCGCCCUGAUCAUCAAGUACUCAGGUCACAGUUGGCCGGCCGUGUUCUACGUUUUCGGGGCCAUCGGUAUGUUAUGGCUUCCCUUUUGGCUGCUCCUCUGCUACAACAACUCGGACGAGCACCCCUUUGUCGGCGAGCUCGAGAGGAAGUACUUGCAGGAGAGCCAGAGGGGCCAGGUGUCGAGGAAACCACCUCCACCGCCCUACCGUCAAAUUCUCAGGUCCAAGCAGUUCUGGGCUUUCGCGAUAGCUUUGCUGGGCUACGAUUGGGCCCUGUUUUUGCUUUCUUCCGAUUUGAAUAAAUUCAUGAAAAACGUCAUCGGACUGCCCAUCGACAAGAACGGCUACGUGUCCGCCCUGCCGUAUCUGUGCAUUUGGCUGAACUCGCUGCUGACCAGCUGGCUGAUGGACCGUAUCCUCGCGAGGACAGCCAUGUCGGUGACGAGCGUAAAAAAGUCCUUCGGAGUCGUAGCCACGAUCGGCCCGUCCUUGUUCAUCGUGGGUGCCUCGUACGCCGGGUGUGACGCGAACCUCGUCUCGGCGAGCUUCGUCGUGGGCAUGACGCUGAUGGGCUGCGGCUACGUGAGCAUCGUCACCAACAAUCUUGACCUCAGUCCUAAUUACGCGAGCACCUUGGUGUCCAUAGCCAACGCCGUGGCGGGUAUUGGGGGCAUAGUGUCGCCGUACCUCGUCGGGGUGUUGACUCCCAAUCAGACGAUCGGUGAGUGGAGGCUGGUCUUUUGGAUCGGGUUCGCGGUCACCGUGCUGACCAACCUUUUUUACUUGAGGUACGCCAGUGGCAAAGUGCAGAGCUGGAACGAUCGGGAUGCCGUAGAGCCGGUCGAGUUCGAGAUGGUGCUGAGGAGCCGGGAGGACGGCAAAACUCGGGGGAUAAACGAACGACGGGGAGCGAUAAGUCCAUAUCUUUGA